AUGUACAAGAGUGCCCAGCACAAACAACCUUUGACAGCACAGGAUUUCUUAGAGAAAAUAAGGUCCAUCACAGAAAACAUUGUUUUGCCAUUCAGGGCCAGAAUGGGAUCAUGCAGACAGACGAUAAAAUCUUUCCUGUUUUAUCUCUGGGAUGUUUUCUCUAAACCAACUCCUGCCGGCAGAGAAGUCCUAACUCUGCUGUCUCUCUGUUUCACACUUGCCAUCCUUACUGGUGGCCUGCUUCACCACUGGCUGUCAAAGACUCUCAGAUAUGAUUACGAAGCAUCCGUUCAGACAGCCUGCAUUUACAGCGUGGCCAUGUUGCUGGUGUCCUUCCUGUGUCACCCCCUGCGCUGUGUGUUAACCAUGACUCUGCCCACCGUCUGCACCAAAGAGGGUCGCAAACUGCUCAUCUCAGCAUCUGUCAUGAUUCUUGUGCUGAACGUCGUCCCUAACAUCUCAGUCAACGUCGGGGCGGUCGUACGCAUCCUCAAGUGCACUGCUGAAGGUUUUACAAAGACUUUAUUAAAUGUAUCCGAACCCUUUAACAAUGUUAAGCGGGACCUUGUUGAAGAAGCGAUCAAAGUGAAGCGGGAGGACUUGAGCAUUGUCACCAACUUAAGGACUUUAGAUCAUUUCACGCACGUCAAUGUGUCAGGAGUCAAAGGCAGAUUCACGAAGAUGAUUGGGCAGAUAGAGGUCAACUUCUCAUAUGCCAGGAACCUGCUGAGAGAAUGCAAACUGCUGUCAAACCGGAUUCUUGCUGCCAUUUUUGUUGCUUUACUAAUUCUUGAAUCUGCGCGCUACUUGAAAUCUUAUCUGACAUCAGUUCAGUUUGAUAACGGCUUCACCUCUAAAGAGCUCCAGCAAAAAACACCUCAUGCUGGUACUAAAAAGCCAGCUAAAAAUAAAAUCAAUCUCCAAAACUGUAAAAUAACAACUCAGGAAUGUGCUUCUUGUUUCGUAUCGCUGGUUGUGGUGACGUUAUAUUUCAUUGCUAUAACUUUAAUAGUAGUUUUGGAUCAUGCUGUCUAUCAUAUAGUUGAAAUGAUUGUGCCGUGGCUGCUGGAUUUUCCACCUACGUCCGCAAUUAUCAGCGUCAAUUAUAAGGUUCAGUGGUUCCCCCCUGCUUUUUGUAUCAUCCCACAAUCGUGCAUCACACGGGAGCUGACAAACUUCCACAGAGACUACAAGUGGAACUUCAGCCCCGAGCCGUCGCUCUGUGAUGUGACAACUUCAGCUCCGAACCUGGGAGUCACACUCGUGCUGGGAUGCCUCUGGCUGAUGAGCUACUUUAUGGUGUUCCUUGAGGUUUAUGCCAGGCGGCUGCGCAGAAAAAUCUCUGCAUCCUUCUUCAGAGAGCAGGAGGAGAGGAGGGUGGCUUACUUGAUGAGGAAAAUGCAUGAGAAGCAGAAUAAGAAAGAGCAUAAAGAGACUAUUUCUGUUGGUGUCUUUAAGUAA